UUAGAGGUGAAAAACAAGAAAAAAAAAUAUUCUGAACCAAUGGACUGCAGACAUAGUACAGGGGAUGACCAGAGACUGCGGACACAGUACAGGAGAUGACCAGAGACUGCAGACAGUACAGGAGAUGACCAGAGACUGCGGACACAGUACAGGAGAUGACCAGAGACUGCAGAAACAGUACAGGAGAUGACCAGAGACUGCGGACACAGUACAGGAGAUGACCAGAGACUGCGGACACAGUACAGGAGAUGACCAGGGACUGCGGACACAGUGCAGGAGAUGGUCAGAGACUGCAGACACAGUACAGGGGAUGACCAGAGACUGCGGACACAGUGCAGGAGAUGACCAGAGACUGCGGACACAGUGCAGGAGAUGACCAGAG